AUGAUGGAUUGCCUGGCCAGCAUCUGGGGUGGUAUUAAACCUUGGCUAUGGCCGACGGGGCGAAGUGUUCAAAGAGACGAGGUCAGAAUCUCGCACCUACAUUGCAGGACGCAAGGUCUAACAACAGUUAAGGUCUUAAUCUUCGUGGACGCCGAGAGAGGACCGGACGACCUGGUAGUGACAUUUCAUCGCAAUCAUUUCCAGGACCGCCUUCCAUGGAAUGAGUUCAAGUCGCUUGGGCCACCAGCUGCAACUGCAGUUGUCAAAGCUGGAUGGAAAUUUGUGGCUUUAGAACAGAUAGCGGAGUCAAUACACGCAAGGCGGUUCGACGAAAAGGAACUGGAUAAACUUCGAAAUGAGGCCAGGGACGAGCGCAAGCGGAUUUCCAUUCGCAAACCUUCGGAUCCAUAUUCGUAA